AUGAAGCACAUCCCGGUUCUCGAGGACGGGCCGUGGAAGACCGUGUGCGUGAAGGAGCUGAACGGCCUCAAGAAGCUCAAGCGGAAAGGCAAGGAGCCGGCGCGGCGCGCGAACGGCUAUAAAACUUUCCGAUUGGACUUGGAAGCGCCCGAGCACCGCGCCACCGCCACCAACGGGCUGCGCGACAGGACCCAGAGGCUGCAGCCGGUCGCGGCCCCGGUGCCAGCCCCGGUGGCGCCGGCUGUUCCCUCAGGUGGGGGCGCGGACCCGGCCGGAGAGCGCCGGGGCGCCCGGGCGCCGGAGGUUCCCGACGCGCGGAAACGCGGCUUCGCCCUGGGUGCAGUGGGGCCGGGACUCCCCACGCCGCCGCCGCCGCCGCCACCGCCACCGCCACCGCCGCCUCCGGCGCCCCAGGGCCAAGUACCCGGGGGUCCCGAGGCGCAGCCUUUCCGGGAGCCCGGCCUUCGUCCCCGUAUCUUGCUGUGCGCACCGCCUGCACGCCCCACGCUGUCGGCGCCCCCUGCGCCCCCGGAGUCUUCCGUACGCCCCGCGCCCCCCACGCGUCCCGGGGAAAGUUCUUACUCGUCAAUUUCACACGUAAUUUACAAUAACCACCCGGAUUCCUCCGCGUCGCCUAGGAAACGGCCCGGCGAAGCGACCACCGCUGCCUCGGAGAUCAAAGCCCUGCAGCAGACCCGGAGGCUCCUAGCGAACGCCAGGGAGCGGACGCGGGUGCACACGAUCAGUGCAGCCUUCGAGGCGCUCAGGAAGCAGGUGCCGUGUUACUCCUACGGGCAGAAGCUGUCCAAACUGGCCAUCCUGAGGAUCGCCUGUAACUACAUCCUGUCCCUGGCGCGGCUGGCUGACCUCGACUACAGUGCCGACCACAGCAACCUCAGCUUCUCCGAGUGUGUGCAGCGCUGCACCCGCACCCUGCAGGCUGAGGGACGCGCCAAGAAACGCAAGGAGUGACUGGCCCCAGGCUAGGCCAAGGAUGCUGCUGUGGGCCCUCUUUCUGGUCAAGCCCGAGGAGAAGGUGAGCUCUCCAAAUCCAGCCUUGUCUUCUUCUCCAAGAUGCCACCAGAUGCUCGGACCACUGCCUCUCAGGGUGAGGCAGGGGCACAUCGGCCUCCCUCUCACCCUCCUGUCCCCCCUCAGCCACUCUGGUGACUCCGCACUUUGCCCUCUGCCUGGUGGGGAGGGGAGAGCAAAGCCUCCCCCUUGCCCGGGGCUGCAGAAAUUCAUUGCCAAAGAUUCCACAGAGACACUGAACAAAUUGUGGCGAUAACAGCCCACAGUGAGAAGCCACACCAUUGCUCUAUGACUUUUGCUCCUCCUAUUGCCAAAGCCAUCCCAAGCCAAAGACGAGUCAGCAAUCCCACUGGAAACUCAUGGAAGGGAUGGACAUUUGGUGACCAUGGAAGUGCUCAACCCUCUGACCUGGAACUCUCUUUCUGCACUGGGCCCUAAGCUGGCUGGGUACAAGAUAAACUUUCUGGGGGCGGCGAGAGGGGGCUGGGGGUGCUUGUGUGGAGUGGGAUAUGAGUUCCUGGCCCUCUUCUUGCCCUCCCACUGGCUGCCCAGGCCUCUGACCCUGAUUCUCAGUGUUCCUUGGGUCCAGGCUCCUUGGGCCCUGAGCAUCAAGGCAAGGGAGGAAGGGGGUGGAAAGAAGCAAUAUUGACCAUCCUGUACCCUACCCCAGGGACUUGCCCCACCAGGGUCACCUAAAGGGUCUUUGUUCCCCAGCCAGCCCAGCCAGCCACUCCCUGCCUGUGGCCCACCCUCCUGGCUGGGAAAACAAGGUGGUUCCCUGCAUGAAGGCCAGUAGUCUGUUCCCAGUUAUGCAGAGGGGCAGAGGGGAGGAAGGGACCAGGGGAACGGGUCAGUAAGUUGGGGAAGGUGUGGGGGUGGGGGGCAUGUUCAAAGCCAAGGCCUGUUCCUUCCUUGUGCUCAAAAGGCCAAAGCUGUUCACAUCUGUGCUCAACCAUCUGCUUCAAAUUGAAGUAAAAGCCCCAACAUGUAAAGAAAACA